AUGUACAUCUCAAUAAAGUUUCUGCUCAUACUGCUGGUGUUGGAAACCUGCUCUGGAAAUUACACAGAAUAUGAGUCCAGCGACCACGAGCGUGUCAAGCGCUGGUUGUCCUUCAAUCCCUACGGUGGAUUGGCUAAGAUUACGUUGGGUAUCGUAACUCCGGUUGCAUUCAAUCAUUACAAAUUGGUAAGGAACAUAGUCAAUACCUUAAAUCUGCAAGCCAACUACGCCAUUCCAUCGUCCACCAUUUGGCCAGUGCCGGAGAGUUACUUCAAAAAUCGGCUGAACAAUGAGUUGGUGGACAAUAGCCGAUGGCAGUUGUAUCAACUGUUGGAAAAUAUGUUCGAUUCUGAUGAAACCAGUGGACGUGAUUGUGUAUUAAGAGCAAUCUGCGAGGUCGCAGAAUCACCCCUCGGCCAUAAUGGGAUGAUUGGAGACAUUUUGGAUGUCGUUUUCACACCAUACAGUACCGAUCAAAUCGAUGAAACCUACAAAGAGGCAAGAUUGCACGGUUUGAACGGUAAUAGCUGUACUGAAAUCUACAAACGAUGUCCUGUUGGUUCUGGUUUGCUGGAAAAAAUGUCAUUUCUACAGUUGUUAAAAUAA